AAAAGACAAUCAAGUUGAAGAUCUUGGGCUCACACUCCCGUCGGAUCUUCCUCCUGCAAUCUUGGGGCGGGAUUGAUAACGCUCAUCAAUGCUAACUCCAGAGAAAGCAAAGCGUCAAGAAAGGAAGGUCAAGAAGAUUGUACGAGCUUUCGCCUUCACUGAUCAACCCUGCGGCCUUCUUCACUGGAGCCGUCUUGUAUAAAGAGGAUGAACGUUUAUCAGCGGAUACUACAUGCAAACCUCCAGCAACAUCAACUGCGAUCAGAGUCCUUCUGACACUACAGCUAGAAUGAGGGACGCUCGCGCUGAAUGGCUCAGAAAUACAAGUAUCCCUUCCAUCGGCUCUGUCCUCUCUGGAGGAUCCUUAUCCGAAUCCGCCGAUGAGAUCUGGAGCAGGGCAGAGUCCGUCAUCAUCCCGUACAUCAUUCAAACAGCAGAGUCCCUGGGCAAGAACGAUUCGUACGCUCAGGCGUAUAUGAGCCUUGUGGUAGAUGAUAUAUUUGCAGCUGUUCGACAGGUCACCAAUUCGAAUGGAUCACUCUGCAGGGAGCAGGGCGAUUGGGGAGCUCCGAAGGUCUCUGUAAAUCAGGAAGGUGGCAACAUCGACGUCGAGUGGACAUUGUCUAAAGGCAAGACGAGCUUCAAGCAGAGAUUCCGCACUGUACCCGAUGCAGAGGUCCGACAGGCGACCUCGGCGAGUGAAGGUAGUACGCAAAAUCAAUCAGGAAUCUGAGUCUCGAGACGUUCGAUUCAGCAGACGGCGUAGGAGUGAAGCCUAUACCUGGACAACGAGACUGUCCGAGAAUCACGGUGGAGCAAUGACUGGAGAGGGUGUUCUUCCGAGACAAGAGAUGCGGCACUAAUCCCAUCCCAAUCGAUUACCC